AUGAAUAACCUCCACACUCGAACCCCAAAGGAGAUCCUUGAACUCAACAAGAUCCCUCGCGUGUGGAAGCCAGCCUAUGUCUGGCCCGCUGACAAUGAUGGUAUCGUUCGUGUCGUGGGAGGCCAUGAUAACCCGAAUGUUGCUGAACACCGCCGUCACCGGGAAUGGCUGAGAGCAAUGGGCGAGGAACCGGGCCCGAUCGUCAAUCAUGUUAUCUCUGCUAUAACCAUCAAAGAAUUCCACCAUGAGCACUUCCCUAUGGUUAGUGCGUACCAAGGUCUGUCCCCUAUGCAGGCGGAGUUCCUGGACUUGGUCCCAGGUCAGCUCAACGUGAGUAACCGGUCUUCUAUUGAGCUCCUGGACCCUGAUUCCGAAAGCGAGUACUCCGAAAAUGACGCCGAGGCACCCAUGGAGGUCUCCAAGAAUACCAACCCAUUUGUCAUUACCAUCCCUCCCCUCGAUGCUUCUCUCGAUGUUUCAGUUUGCACUGCUAUCUCGCCUCAUUUCACGUUUACAUCUCCCACGACGCCUCCUAGGCCCAUGAAUCCCAUGUCCGUGACAUUCAGCCCGAUCGCCGUUACCGAGCCCUUCAAUCCCAUCUGGUCCGCCACUCCAAUUCCAUCCCACACUGUCCCGGAUGAAUCUACGCCCACGCAUAUCACCACUCUCGAGAAGUUAAAAGAGCCCAGAACUCCUUUAUCUAACUUCGCUCCCAAGGAUGAGGGUAAUUGCGGCCUCACUCUCAUCGACAGACUCAAUGUGCUGAAGGAUCUUAAUGCUCCCGGUUCUCCUACGAGCACCAGCAGUGACAUACCUCUCCGCCUUAUGUCCAUCAUUGAUUCUGAAUUCAAGUUGUUUGCUUCCGCUGCCAGUCGCCCCGCCGAUCUCUGUUCGGAUUCUAGCUUGACCAAUUUCGAGACUCUGAGCUCCGCAGUCUAUGUUAGUUCGCCUCAAUCUUCUAAUACGCACAUCUUUCCCUUUGCUGUCGAUCACUGCGAUGGGGCUAUGGUUUUGGACAGAUAUGAGAGCAUUGACCUGGUUGCCGAUGGGCUUGUCAGCUGGACCAACGACAAGCCCGACAGUAUGGCCGCCGACCAGGAUGUCGACAUGGUCUUUUAUGAAAACGCCAACAUGUCAAAAAUCGACAACCUCAUGAUCGACGCGGCCAUUGUUGAUGCUUCAAAGGUCAGCGCCGCUGUUAUCUUCCCACAGGACGACUCCCCGCGACCCCAGAAGAGUAAGGGUGUCGACGAAUUGAUCAUUGAAGAACAUGCUUCCAUCGUCGAAGAGCAGGCUCCCAUUAUUGAUAACUCGGCUCCCAGUAUUAACGACAAGCUAGCGCUAAACGUUGACAAGAGUGUUCCCAUGGGCCCUGUAGCAGCAUGGCGACGAUCCACCAUCCGUCUUAAGGAGCUGGGAAGAAAACUUCUCAAGCCAGACCUCCAUGAGCAACAGCUUAUUGUGGCGAUAGAGAAGGUCACGAAAAACAUCCAGGUCGAGGGGACCGUGAAAAGCAACAGUUCUGUAGAGAACAAUGGAAAUCCGCCCCCUCUACCACCCAAGGACGGCCCCGUCACACCUCCUAAGCCCACCUUCGUUUCAGUUUCCCCAAUCUCGCUGGGGCCUGGUGAACAGUCACUGCUCUACUCUAGACUGGAGUACAUGGUCUGUGAGACUGCCAAUAGCUUCCUGGUAGAACAGUAUUUGCAGGGCCACAUCGACCAGCACACCAUCAACCGAGUUGUCAAUAGCUGGGCUUCCAAGAACCUGCCUCAGGUCCCCGAGUUCCGAUUUAACCAGGCCACCCAGCGUGAUCUCAUCAAUGCAAACCGUCGCACCAUGGAAUUCACCGGCAAAUGCUCUGCCAACCCCGUUCAGCUGGUAGCCAACCUUCGAGCUUGGAAAUCUGUUAUCCAAGACAUGGACCACCGAACCUUUAGUAUUCGCGACAGCGCCAUUCGCAAAAUGAUGUAUGAGAUCGGAGAGGUCCUCGAGAUGCUGAAUGCUUCCGUCAAGACUCUGCAGGCUUUCGACAAGAUUCGUACCAGCGUUCAUCGGUAUAUGUUCACUCCCCCGGGUUCUCCGGCCUCUCCUCUCAUCAUUUAA